GCUCACGUGGAGUCCGGAUAAUGGUUUCCUAGUGCUUGUCUCCUAGCUACAUCUGUUGACUCUAGCCAGCCGGGAGUUGGUCAAGUCCGCUUCUGGUUGCUGGCUAUCUAGAGGUCCGCGAUGGACACAGAGUGGAGCUCCUUAGGCACUCGGGAUGUGGAUAGCACCAAGAAGGAAGUUCAACUGAGGGUAAUCCCUUCGGAGCUGAAGUUCCUGGAUGCAGUGUCUGGGAAAGUGUACCGGCUCCCUCUCGUUGUACACAAUUUGGGCCGCUGGAACCAGAAGAUGAGGUUUCAAGAGCCUGGGAAGCCACAGUUCAAACUGUUGUUGACGAGUCUGGAUAAGGAACUAGCUUCUGGCCUUCAGAUGUCAACAAUGGUGGAAUAUCAUCCUGAUAAAAAUGAAGACGUGUUUGAUCACAUCUUUAUCUAUGCAGGAAAUAAAGUUCUAGAGGUUCCUCUGAUUGGGCUGAUUCCAACCUGUCACCUGGAAAUUGUGCCAGUAGUUGAUUUUGGCAUAUUAGUUGCCAAUAGUAAAGUGCACUGUAAAGAGAUUAGUAUUAUUAAUCGUGGCAAAGCUCCAGGCACAUUUAAAACAGAAUACCAGGGUCAGUUACCUAUUGUGAUUUCUCCACAUAGUGGUAUUGUGAAGGCUAAGUCAUCAGAGGUCAUCAAAGUGGAUUUCUGUGCAGAGCAGUCCCAGAUUGUAAAUGAAGUGGCAAGAGUGAGUUUGCAAGGUUGUCCUGAUACACUCUUGAACAUCAAAGUUCAUGUGGUUGAGCAGAUAAUCGAAUUGCUUAACAUGAAUUGUGACAGGAAAUUGGAAUGCAUACGGUUUGGUUCUGUUUUCUUUGGAACAUCAAAACUUGAGCAUGCACUUUUGUUUAACAAUAGCCCUGAAACUGUAAACUGGGUGGCAAUAAUGCAAGAUGACUGUGUUGGAGAAGAACUGGGAGCAAAUAUUCAUCAAAGGACAGAUAUUGCCUUAAAUAAUCUCCCCUACUUAAACAAAAUAAAGAAAAUAGAUAUGACUGAUUUUAUGACCUGUGUUCCCAAUGAAGGGACUUUACUCCCCUAUCAAAAGAUUGUAAUUACGUUUUGCUUCAGCCCAAAGCUAGUAGUUGACAUUAAAAAGGAUGUUGGGCCUUCACAUAGGCAAGACUAUGCCCUCUUUGUGAGAUUUGAUUCUGUGGGAAGUAAAGAUGGAUUUUUAAGAGAUGAUGACUCUAACACCAUGAAAAGUAAUCAGCUUCAAAAAGUAGAGUUAGCUUUGACAGGCUCUGGACUUCCUGUCAUCUUACAGUUUGAUCCAGGAAAAUCACUUACUUUUGCACCUUGUUUCAUGGGUGAGCAUUCGGAUAUUCUAUGCAUUGUAAAAAAUCAAUCCAUAUCACUUCCUGUGAUGUACCAUUUUCAAAAAACUGCACACUUUAAAGUGGAUCCUGAAAGGGGCAAAAUUGAUGAAGGAUGUAUUCAGAAUGUGAUUUGUUCAUUUGUUCCACAUCAAAUUGGAGUAUUUAAAGUGAAGCAAGUGAUUGAGAUUAUCGGUCCAGUGGUAGAUGAAAAUUUACUGUCAUUGUCAAUGAAACCAUUUCAUUAUAUACAUUUAGAAUUCAACAGCACUUGCAAAGCUUACACUAAGAAAGUCGGGGUGAAAAUUAAUCCUGGGAUAUCCCCAUUGAUCAGUAAUCCCACAAGACAAUUUGUGAUCAAAGAUUCAGAGAAAAAGGAUGAUCAUCCACCUGUAGCAGCAAUGCUCCAGUCAGCCAUGACAAACCUUCAUAAUCAUCACUCCAAUGAUAUGUCAGUGAAGGGUGCACUGAUUGCCUUUCCUAAUGACAGAGCUGCAAGUAUCAGGUGUGAAGACCACUAUAAACAAUUCAGAACAAUUUUCACAAAGAUGCCUAGGCAUGUAUAUGUGGAUCCUGAUUAUGAAUACACUGAUUUGGAAAAAUUGGAAAGGAAAAUGCAUCGAGAUUACUACACAGACUACAUUAACAGUUUAAGAAAUACACGCCUUCUUAAAGAAACACUGAGGGAACGCAGAUUUCCAGUAAGUGAAGUCGAUAUAGGCAUGCUGCCAUCAUCUGGUAUAAAGUCACCAUCAUUAUCUCUAUCAGAAAUCGAAGAGAUACCUUCAUCUUUAAAGACUGUUUCCCUCAGAGCUAAAAGAUUGCUAAGCACCAAGAAAAUAACAUCCAGGGAGACAGAAUCUCUGCAUAGAAAGAUCUCCAGAGGACUUAAAUCGAAGCCAACCACUCACCAAGAAAAACGUGACUGCAGCAAAGUUUUGACACCAAAGCAAAUCCAUCAAGUAAUUGUUGGACCGUCUGUUCUUAACUUUGGUAAUAUUUGUGUGAAAUCUACAAACACUAAGCUACUUCACAUUGUUAACAUGCUGCCAAUGUAUAUAUUGAUACAGUUAGAUAUUAAUUUGGAAGAACUUCGGAAAACCAACCAAUUUUCCUAUGUGAUUCCACCUACAUCUAGUACAUAUAUUUCGAUGGUAUUUGAGUCUUCUACCAACGGGAAAUUUUGGAAAUCAUUUACCUUUAGAAUUAACAACAUACCUGGUGGACAUAUCUUAGUAAUGGCUGUCAUCCUGCCUGUAAAACUUGAACUGUCUUCUAAUGAGGUUGUGUUGAAACCCCAAACCUUCUUGUUGAAAACAUGUUUUCGGGGGACAGUCAGGCUAUAUAAUCAUCUGAAUCUUCCUGCCCAAUUUGAAUGGAAACCAGUAACUGAACUGAGAGGAAUUGCAUUUAGUAUUCGUCCAGCCCAAGGCGUUGUUGAUCCUUAUUGCUCAUUGGAAUGUGAAGUCACCUGGCAGCCAGGUUUUAGUUCUCCGGAGAAGGGAGAAUUUAUACUUGAAGUCUCUGGAGGAAAUACUCUGACACUGAAGUGUACUGCACAUGUAAUUAUCUUUAUCCUGUAUGUUUUCUGUUUUGAUUCUGUUGGACAUACUAAAGUAACCUUUUUAGAGCCAAGAAUACUGUUCAGUAAUAGUCCUCAAGGUUUAACUACUUGGAGGAAAGCCAUUCUUCACAAUAUAGGGCAAAAUCAUGCUUAUUUUAAGGUUUGUGAUCAAAGCCUUUUGCCUACCAUUAAUAUUGUUCCAUCAGAAGGAAUAAUCCCAUUUGGGGGAAUGACUGUUCUUAAUAUCUCCUCUACACCCACUGUGGCAGAAAAAUUUGAUACGAGAGCAAAGGUUGCUAUUCAUCAUGCAAAUAUUAUAGAUCUUAGGGUUGGUGGAUCUGUUGAAAUUGCUGAUGUUGAAAUCUUACCUAAUGUAUUUAAUUUCAGUGGCACCUAUGUUGGCACUACAGAAGUCAUUCCAUUUUUAAUAAAAAACAAAGGUGUGACAAGGGCCAAAGUGGAGUUUAAUCUAAAAGACUUCCCACUUUUUGCAAUGGAUUUUAAGGGGAAUCCAGGAGAGUCCAAAAAUACUGAUGCUCCUUAUAUGUAUGCCAUAGAGGUAGAGGAAGGCACAUCUGUGGAAUGUGGCAUAGCAUUUUCUCCUGUAGAAGCUUCAGAUCUCUACUGCGAGUAUUUGUCACAGAAAAAGGUUUUGAUGCCAAGAAUAUCACCAAUUAUUCCACCUUGUUUUGUUCAAGCUACUGUUUUACGAGCACCGUUGGAAUUAUCCAGCACGGAAUUUGUAUUCAAAGUCCCAUUAUAUGAGCUUCAACACAGUAAGGAAAUCACAACAAUUCAGGAUCUUGUGAUACUUAAUAUUUCAAAAAAAACUGUUCAGUGGUCUCUGGAUAUCCGUAAAAAUGAAAAACUCUUCAAAAAUGGCAUAUUCAAAUUUACUGCACUAAUUGGAAGUCUGAAACCAAAUGAAAAGUAUACUAUUUCCAUACAUUUCUGUCCAAAGGAGCCCCAAACCUACCUAGCUGAUGUUGCUAUACGUUUAAAUGAUAAUUUAUUUGACUAUAGAACAUUAAGUCUGAUUGGAGAGAUACAAUCACCAAAGAUAAUCUUUGAUCCACCAUUUGUAUGUUUUACUCCUGUUCCUUUGGAUAUCACAGCUGGGGUGGAUAUCAGAAUUUUGCCACAGAACUAUUUCAGAAAUUCAGCUCUACAGUUCAAGAUUCCCACAGCAAAUCUUAUUGAUAAUGAUGAGAUUUACCCACUUACGGUGACAUUUCCAAAAGGAAGAAUAAUCAGAGCCUCUGAUACCGGGAAUAAUGAUGAGCUACCAUGUCAUCUUAGUUUCAGUUCAUCUAAACCAGUUUCAUUUUUUGCCAAUCUUCUCUUUUGUGAUGACAAAGAUAACUGGUAA